UUAAAAUUUUUAAUAUGUGAAACCUUCAUACUCGUAGAGAUCUUCGCUUUCAGCAAAGAUCUCUCCCUCUCCGUCUCUCGUCAGAUCUCUCCCAUUUCUACAGGCUUUACGUAGGAUCUCAGUAAACCACUAAGCAAGGAUUCAGAUCCAUUUUCCUGAGAAAAUCCUCCCUAAACUUUUCCCCUCUGAUUCCAUCGACUACCCAUCGCAGCUUCAGAGUUCAGACCUUCCAAUUUCUGCAGUCAUGGGGUUUCGCUCGAUUCCCAGAACGAUUGCGUACUCCCUCCCCCUCCUCUUGCUCCUCCUCCUCGCGGUUUCUGCUCAGGAGUCUGGGGCUGAAGCUGAGAGGGGAGGCUAUGGGGGAUCCAAAGAUCUGGGCCGUCGUAGCAAGAUAAAAUUUGGUAUUCUUGAAGUUAAUACUCUUGGAGUCAAGACAGAGGGUGACUCAGUUGCUAUCGGCCUCCACGUGGACUCAGGUCUUGGAGUUUUCGAUGCCUUUGUUGCAAGCUUGUCAAUGAUACUAGUUAGUGAGAUUGGAGACGAAACAUUUAUAAUAGCAGCUCUUAUGGCAAUGCGUCACCCCAAGUCAAUUGUCCUAUCUGGUGCACUUUCAGCCUUGUUUAUAAUGACGGUACUUUCCACUGGACUUGGUAGGAUUGUGCCAAACUUGAUAUCAAGGAAGCAUACAAAUAGUGCAGCUACAGUUCUAUAUUUAUUUUUUGGACUGAGGUUACUUUACAUUGCUUGGAGAUCAUCUGAUUCUAAAUCUUCCCAGAAGAAAGAAAUUGAAGAAGUUGAAGAGAAACUUGAGUCUGGUCAGGGAAAGACACCCUUCCGCCGUUUCUUUUCCAGAUUUUGUACACCUAUCUUCUUGGAGUCAUUCAUUUUAACGUUUUUAGCAGAGUGGGGAGAUCGCAGCCAAAUAGCGACAAUUGCUCUGGCAACCCACAAAAAUGCGAUUGGAGUUGCGGUGGGUGCAACACUAGGACAUACAAUCUGCACGUCUGUGGCUGUGGUAGGAGGGAGUAUGUUGGCAUCCAAAAUCUCCCAACGGACAGUCGCUACAGUUGGAGGCUUGCUCUUCCUAUGCUUCUCCGUAUCGUCUUAUUUUUAUCCUCCUCUGUAAGUGCAAACUGUGAACCCUAGGCUAACCUGAUUCUUUUAAGAGCCUUGAAUGCUCUACACAUUUUGUUUUCGUGUUGUGCUCCGUUUUUAUUUUUUCGGAUUUCUUCACCAGUAGAGCAUAUGAGGCUCGUUUAUAACACAUCAUUCUGAUUUGUUUGUAAAAUGUUAGCAUAUACUAUACAGUGAUAUUUUGUGUC